GACUGAAGCCAACCUAGGAGGAUGCCCGGUCAGUAUGUGCUCCAGCCGGAAGAUCCUGUGGAGCCUGCUGCUGCUGUCAGUGUUGGAGGUGGGUCUGGGGGUGGCCAGUAUCGUCCUGGGAGCCGUGGGGCUCAGCCGGAUCAGGGAGGAACACAAGCCGCAGCAAGGAGACGCUUCUCCCGUCUGGAGCGGCAUGUGUUUUCUAAUCUGUGGGAUGUGUGGAGUGCUGUGUGCUAGGAAGAGGACGGGACUCAUCAUGAUUCUGUUCUCAGCCUGCUGUAUCUGUGGUCUGAUUGGAGGGAUUCUCAACUUCCAGUUCGUUAGGGCGUUGUCACGACGACCGGACUCUCUUCACUCCCUACACCUAGCGGCCAUGACCAUUGCCUGCCUGGGUAUCUCUUCCUGUACUCUCUCUACCUGGUUGACCUGUCGUCUGGCCAGUUCAGAACAACAGAGGAUGUUUCUGGAGAGAGAACACUCACUGCACCACUCACACGAGAUGACUGAGAAGGAUUCAUACACACACGGAUCUUUUGAGAUCCUGGACAACUCCAGCAAUGGGAUUCCCCAGAUCUCCUACAAUGGUAACACCACAUCUCCUUGACAAUGGACACACCUUUUUGCCCUGACAACUGGCACAUCGUGUAACCCUGACAAGGGACACACCUUGUUGCCCUGACAAUGGGCACAACUUGUUGCCCUGACGACGUCCACACCUUGUUGCCCUGACAACGGAGUGAUAUCAUCUAACAGGGCUGAGCAGCAUUAUUUCACAGCUGUGUGUGGAGAACUUCAGCACAGAUGGAAGAAGUUGUUUCCCAAAAGAUAACAACAAUGAACGCUUUUCUUGGACAAGUUGUUACUAGUUCUGAUAGUCCUAACACACAGUCACAUGACAUAUGACCUCACAGACAGGAGGGACAGACAGCCAAUCAGACGAUUCAAACUAAUGAUCACAAAACAAGCAUGCAAUUUAUUUUAA